AUGUCUUACGUAGACAACACGGCCUUUAAUUCCUGGAUUGUCUGGCUCAACUUUUCAGUCCAUGCAGUAAUGUAUUCCUACUAUUUCCUAGCUGCUUGCAAAAUAAGACUUCCGGCAUGGUUUGCACAGUGCUUAACGUCUGCACAAAUAACCCAAUUCCUUAUAACUUUGGCUAUAUUGGCACAUGCUGGUAUUAGAAUGGUUAAUGGAUUGCGUGUUGAUACGAGUAACGAGAAAAAUUUUUUGUAAAAAAUUUUUGUAAAAAUUCUUUGGUCAUUUCAGUAGUUAUAUCAGGUGUUAGGGUUGGGGUAUUCGAAUCGGACCGGACCGAUCGAGUCUUUUUCGGGUCAAAAUUAUAUUUCCGACUCGAUCUUUUGGACCGUACCGGGUCCCAAACCAUAUUUUUGUCGGACGUUGUUUUGCCCCUCACCCCACUACUCGCUUUUGAAAUUUGACGUUAUUUCGCAUAAUCCGGGUACACCCCAACCUUUAAAUUUUGAUAAAAUUUUGGAGUUGCGU